UCAUCUGCAUGGGGGGGCAAAACCUGAUCGGCUAAAUCUAGCCGAGAAAAGAAGGCUUUGGGGCGUAACGUGGGAGGGUGGGGGAAAAGGAGAAUCAUGUCUUCCGCUUCCAGCGAAAUCACCAGCACAAUUGAGGUUAAAGAGGAGAACGCCAGCCUGCAGCCAAAGAUCAAUGCAUUGGGCUCUCCAGCCACUCUGGAGCCUGAAGUAAGUGCACUGUCUGCAAACCCGGAGAUUACGGAGCAGGUUCCCGUUGAACUUUUAACCAACCCCGCGUCGGCUCUGACUUUCUCUCCGGAGCAAGUGGCGUGCGUGUGCGAGGCUCUACAGCAAGGGGGGAACCUGGAUCGCUUAGCCCAGUUUCUCUGGUCUCUGCCUCCUAGCGAUCUGCUACGUGGCAACGAAAGCAUCCUAAAAGCACGGGCUUUGGUGGCCUUCCACCAGCACAGAUACAAAGAACUCUACAGCAUUCUGGAAAGCCACAACUUCGACGCGUCGUGCCACACUUCGCUGCAGGAUCUGUGGUACAAAGCCCGGUACACAGAAGCCGAGAAGGUCCGGGGCCGGCCUUUGGGGGCCGUGGACAAGUACAGGCUGCGCAGGAAGUUCCCCUUGCCCCGUACCAUAUGGGACGGCGAGGAGAGGGUCUACUGCUUCAAGGAGAAGUCACGCAACGCGCUCAAGGAGCUGUACAAGCAGAAUCGCUACCCUUCGCCGGCCGAGAAGCGCAACCUAGCCAAGAUCACGGGACUCUCCCUCACCCAGGUCAGCAACUGGUUCAAAAACAGGCGCCAGCGGGACCGAAACCCGUCGGAAACGCAGUCGAAAAGUGAGUCAGAUGGUAAUCACAGUACCGAAGAUGAAUCCAGCAAGGGUCAAGAUGACAUGUCGCCUCGCCCAUUGUCCAAUCCAUCUGAGGGAAUGAACCAAUCCAACGUCCAUGGUCAUCCAGAAGGCAUGUUCAUGCAUCAUAUUGGGGAACUGAAGCCCUCCCAGAGUUCCUCUGGCAUACUACUAAAUGGAAACCUUGUAACUGCAAAUGGCUCUCCUGUUUUUUACAAUGGAAGUUCUUUCAUCCAAGGGCCCACCGGUGUCCUUGUUAAUGGGCUGUCUUUAGGAAAUGCCCAAGCAAUAAGUUUAAGUCCAGUAGGAGCCGCUCCAAGUGUGCUGGUUAAUAAUAUUUCAAAUGGUAGGUUAUUAAAGAAUUGCUGUUCUUCAAAUAAGAUUUUUAAAAAACUGUCAGAAUCAUCAUUCUGUUCAACUAUGACAUUCAAUCCAAAUUCAUGUGUUCUCUUCCUAGGCUCUGCUAGUGGCACUGAAAUUAAAACUGAAAAUGUACAUGUCCUUCCCUCUCAAGAAGAGGCGUCUUCAAGUUCUGCAGAAGUUAAUCGAGGCCCAACACAAGUAAACCAAUAUAGCCUCGUGCAGCUUCAAAACUCAGAAAAUAAUAUCCAAUUGGUAAAUGGAAACAUUGGGAUACCUUCACUGCAGCUGCCUUCUGUUUCUGCUGCUUCGUCACAAGGAAACAUUUUGAUAACAAACACAUCUGAUGGAGGAACAUUCCUAAGUGGUACUGCAGCCAGUCUUCAACAAGGUAAGGUUUUCUUGGCUGCCACACUCCCACCUAAUGCAGUAAUGUGUGCAUUACCUAAUUCAGGACAGGCUGUAGCUCCAGUCAAGCAAGACACAUUGGAAGGGGGUCUUAUCUUUUCUCAAUUGAUGUCAGUGAGUGGAAAUAACCAACUGAAUAUUAAUACAUCUACUGGGAAUCAAGCUGUUACAACCCUACAAACGCAGUCGUCAUCCCUGGUAAACACAGGCCUGUCUCAGAGUCUGCCUUUGACUUCUUCAACAAAUCUAUUGAAUACAUCAAAUACCUUAAGCUUCAGCCUCACAGUGAGUCUUCCACUAUCAACAACUGCACCUCUAAAUUGUGAUCAACAUUUGCCAUCUGCUGUCACAAAUGCAGUUCCUGUGUCGAUGGCCAACAAUGAAUAUGUUACACUUCAGAACUGCAAUCUACUCUCACACUCCGGCCAAGAGACUGUAACUGAAUCUAAUGUUGGAGCUUCUGACAUUGGAGAUAAACCCAGAAAUCCCAUCACUGAGGAAGCACAUGAAUACAGUAGUGGACAUGUGUCAGUACUUCACCCCCCGGUAAAAGAAAACUACUUGGUAGUUUUAGAGAACAAACCUAGCAACCAUCUGACAGUGAUGGACUCUAAAUCCAAAUAUGUUAUAAAUGAUGUGGUUAAUAAUGUCUGCAAAGAACUAGAAACUGAAGAAAAAGAACUAGCAAAACUUCAAAAUGUUCCCAUGGAUGAAGAUAUCAGUGAUUUAUAACAGCUUACAGCUAUGCAGCUAACUAUUAUAAAUUAGACUUUUUAAUAGUUUCCGUCCUUGCAUUAAGGCAUCCAAAUACAGAAGUGUUUUUGUUAGUGAACUUUAUCUACUUCAUAAUUUAAAAAAAAGCUUGUGGAUGGAUCGAAAUAACUGAACAUUGUCUGUUACGCAUUUUUACUGGAGUCUUGAGAAUUCUUAGUUUUAAGUUGGUAUUUAUUUUUCCAAAGUAUAAAGAUGGCAUAAAACUCAUCUAGUCAGUUAAACUCGAGAAUACAGUUUGGUUAUUGUUUUAAAAGUACAUGUCUAUAUUGAUGUGUUUAUUAUUUUUGUGUCUAUCAGUUGUUUUGUAUGCAUGGUUUGAUAUCAGUCUGCCAUCAGCAAAUGUUAACACUAUAUUUGGCAUUUCCAGUACACUGUUCACUAAUUGACCCAGAUGCUUUUAUUUUAAAAAAAACACUAGUUACCCCUCUCCAGACAAAAGUAGAAAGAAAUACUCUUCAAAUGUAAUUUAUUCUCUGCAUAUUUUCAAACAAUUUUUCUUAAGAAACUACCCAAAACAUAUAAUAGAAAACAUAUUUGACAUUCUUUUGUAUGACUAUUAACUGACAAUCAACAUCAAAGCUAUCACUACCAUUACAGUCUAAAAUUUUAUCUUUAAAUGUCCUGAAGUCUAAUAAGUACUGUGAAAAUUGACAGGAAGUGUGCCUUUCCUGUUCAUCUACCUGCACAAAAUACUAAUGUAGAUGGGAUGUGUGGAAAAAGUGACUAUCUCAAAUUGGUACUAAUCCAUGAAAAAUCCAGGGAAACUGUUUUUAUUCAUUUUUACUUGCAUGUGAUUAGUUCAAUGAACUACUUGAAUCUUGGCCAGGAAUUUUUUUUUAUGGUGUUCCUGUACAUUGAUUUGAGUGCCUUGACAUCAUUAUUCACCUGGGGUUACUCAAAGCUGUCAUUAUUAAGCAAUCAAUAUCAAAAUUAAAAAUAAAAAGACUUUGUGCUUUACAAAGUACCACCUCAUCUACUCCGUUGCAGUCCAGUAAUUAUCUGUUCCAUUACUGUGAUGCACAAGUGCCACCAACAUUCACACUCACAUUCAGUCAAUUCCUGCUCUCUAUCAACAAAUAUCGGAUUUUGCAGCAUUUUAAGCUAAUUUCUUUUUAUACUUCAAAUAUUUGUUUCUGAUUUACUUUUAUUUAUGUAUCAUAUUAUACAUGGAACUUAAAAUAUAUAACAAUCCAUUAUGCACAGGUUAGCACAUGAUUUGAACUGUUAGGUUGCAAUAAAUUAAGAAUUUCAGAUUAUGUUCACAAUCUGGUUGAGCUUUCAUGGUUUAUAUUAUAUUCCCCAAUCAUCAAAGUGCUAUAGCAUUGCAGUGUUCCUGGUCGACACUAGUCACUGAGUCAGAAAGAUAAGUCAAGAUGCUGCUUUGUUGAUUCAUAUCUCUUCAGUCUUCUUUUCUGAGAAGCUUCUGCUAAUCAUGUUACCCAGCGAACAAAAUCUAAAACAUAACAUUCUAUACUAUAAAAAAAGGUAAUACUGUGGGUAUACUCAUAACAUUAACCUUGAGGUGAACACCUUCAGCUUUGCUCAGCCAGUUUAAUGAUGUCCUUUUCAACUAUUUGAAAUGUUGCUACUUUGCAAUCUACCUACCAUUCAGAGAAACACUUUAAUGUAUUAUCAAUUUUUACCAGGUAACCUGAUCCCAUUUCAAAAAUUCAACAAGCAUGGUACUAAACUCAACUUUAAUUCAUGCUAUUUAGUAUGCAUCUCCUCCUCACCAAUAUUAUGGGAUUGUAUGUGCUGCAAGCCAUGUUGUGGUCACUACACAUAAAGCAUACCAGUAUCUUACAAAUUUAAACUUGCCUUAAUCUGUUGCUGUUAGUUUUUAAACUAUAAAAAAUUGGAUUGUUGGUACAGACCCUUCUGACUUCCAACUACUUGAACCUUCCCCCAACCUGCGUGCCUUAGUUUUUUAAAAGUGAAACAAAUAUUUUGUUUUUGUGAAAUGGAAAUCCUGUAACUCUUUAUAUAUGCAUUUUAAAUUUAUGCAAGUAUGUUCAUUACCUUAAUGUGCUGUUUUGCAUUCAGUGCCUCUUUGGUUUUAAAUAUAUUUUAAGAAUGUGAGGCAUUUGAAAACCUGUCUAACUCAUUGCAGUAAAUAGAAAAAAACUAUUCUUCUCCAAGUGGGAAUGAAUUGUAGCCAAGUAUGAUUUUUCUGGAAUGUGAGAGCCUGCCUGUAUGUUGAGACAAUCUUCAUAUUAUUUGGAUAAGAAUAUUUUUAUAUGAGCAUAAAAGUUUCCCCAAAGCGAAUGACAAUGUCAGCAGGAGGUUUGAGCAAAGUUUUUAAUGAUACUCACGUUGUAUUUUAAGUUUUGUUUUUAAAAUUUUAAAAGCUUUAUCAAGGUAUCAGUUUAAAAAAAACCUUAUUUUAAAAAAAACUGCUGUGUAGAUAGUUUAAGGAGGAAACUGAACAAGGUUUCUUACCUAAGAAAUGACACUCCAUAUUUCUUCAACUAUAGCUAAUAUUGGGUUUGUGUACUCCAACAUCAACCUAACAGCUGGUAAAGUAAUGUAGCCUGAUUUGCCUAAAAUCUUAGUCACCUCUUUUCAAUUUAUUUUUUGAAUUGCUGAACUUUGAAACAUGCAAGGUAUGAGACAGUGCAUUGUGUACUCUGUAUUUUUUUGUUCUUAUUCUAAAUGGUUCUUGCAAAGAAAAACAUUUUGUUCAUCCCUAAAAUAAUUAUUGGGGUGUGGAGUGGUAAUGUAUCACUGCGUCACCUCCUUAUCUGACUGCACAUGAAGAAAAGUAAUGUCUUUUUUUCUGUAUCUAGGAAUUUGUUAGUUAAUGUUUCGUAGCUUACUCUUAAGGGGUACUAAUUUAAAGGGAAGGUUUUAUUAGCCAUCGCAAGUUAUAUACUUUGAUUUCAAGUCUGUUUUACUGUACUGUAGAUUUGGCAUGAAGCUUUAUAAACGUUUUAAAUUGUGUAUACAUAGACGUAAUCAAACCAGUGUGAGGGAUAUGGAUAGCUAAAACAUCUAUACUGCACUAACUUCUUGGUGAUGGUACAUUGAGCAUGUAUUAGUGUUUUGUGUUCACCCUUAUUAUACCAAAGAUAUUUUAAAUAAUAGUUUUGACGUAUAAUCUGGUUUGUCUAUACUGUUACAUGACCUUUGUUUAUAUCCUGAAAUGAUUUGAGCUUAUUUUUCUAAACACUGUACUCAAUGAACUUUAUAUUUAUACAUUUUGUGUUGUCUUUUGUUUUAUUAUAUUGCAUUGAAUGAAUGUUCUUGAUGUAUGAAUUCAGAAUUUGGACCAGAAUGUUGGCUGGUUGACUUAACUUUUGCAUAGCCAGCAAUGACCAUCAUAGUAUCCUCCUAUCUCAAUUGUUAACAUGACAAACAAAAUCCCCUCCUUUCUUGAGCAUGGUGGUAUAUGAUUUCAUUGUCAACAGAAGCCCUGUAGCAGUUUCCCAACUUCAUAUGGGCUGGAAGCCCUAACGAACCAUUGAGGGCAUUAUUCCAAAAUUUGACGAGUCCCUACA